AUGGCUCUGGCUUUGAUACUCCUCCUUGGGCAUCUAGUUGCAUUGUACGGCGACGAUACGAUGUUCAAAUGCGUCGAUACCGAUGAAGGCUGUCCAUCAAAAAUGUGCUUCUACAGUAUAGAUCAUGAGAAGCAUUGCUAUCGAGCUGGUUGUGCGUCAGGGGAACUCUGCCAUCGACGUCGUAACAACGAAUGCUUCAUGUCGGAUGCAGUGCACACGUGUUGCUGUUUCGAGGCUGGCUGUGCUGCCGGCUAUAAAGGUCUGAACGAUUGCGUUGAUGUGCAGAAAAACUCAACUGACGCUGUUACUUCCGUCACAGAUGUGGCAACGACGAGGUUAACUACCACCGCCGGCAUUUCCGCCAUUGUUCAAUUAAACGCUGAAGAACAGACAUCUACUUUAACGAAAAAGUCUCUGAUCACUUUAACGGAAGGGGCUCAUGCUGCAACAACAAGGAAAUUAACAGAAAAGCCUACAAGCUCAGGAAAACAGCAGGAUUCUACUGAAACUACGAUAUCUGUUCUUCAUCCAGUCACUUCACGCGUUCAGACAGCAUCUACAUCAUCUACGGUACCAGGAACAACCACCUACUACAUCCCCACCAGAGAGAUUAUGUUUAUCACUAACACAAAUACAAUUACGGAAGGUGUUAUUCCUUCUGCUUUCACUACGACGAUCUCUACGUCGAAUGAAAAUUUUCUUGCUCCGUCGGAAGAGCUUCAACCUCUCCCAGUCCUCCCCCACAGCGAGUAUGCACCAGGUUCUCCCAGAAACGGAAGGAUGCCAAAUGAGUUCUUGACCACGGCCGCUCGCUCAACCAAAUCAUAUCCGAGCGCAAAAGUCAAAUCAUUCGCUGAACAGAGGAAAGACACUGGAAGCAUCAUCUCCUCUGCUAUAAGGAUUAAUGAGCAACCAAUAUCACAAAAGUCAUUAGAAAAAUCUUCGAAGAGGGCAUCGGAAGAGACGAAUGCAACUUCAUCACUCAUUUCAGUGUACGAGGUGACAACACAAGCAGUAAAAAACAAAGAGAUGCAGGAAGAAUGGAAGGCUCCUCUACCUUGGUGGUCGGCAGCCGUUCUCGGAUUUCUCGUUUCAGUGAUUGUUGCAUGGGUGGUCGUCCUGAUUCUGAGGAAGUACGGUUCAUUUUUAGAGGAACAUUCAUGGAACCUCUACAACUGA